AUGGCAGCUUACAACUCUCCAUAUGAAGCUAAUUCCACUUCUUACAGAACCACAGCUGUGGUCAUCGCCACGCUUCAGGCAUUUGCUGGCCUGUGGAUAAACGCUUUCAUUGUUUCUGUGCUUUGUAUUGCUUGGGUCAAAAAGAGAAGCUUUAACUCCUUUGAGAAGAUCUUGCUGUUUCUGGGAUGCUCCAGGUUUUGGUAUUUGUGCUUCACACUGGUAUCUAUUGUUAUUUCAAAAACAUGUUCCUGGUGUUUUUUUGUUCAACCCAUACCCCAACUCCUUGCAGCUAUUCAAAGCUUUUCUGUUUCCUCCAACUUGCUAGUUUCUGCUUGUCUUUGUGGUUUCUAUUGUAUAAAAAUUGCAAAUUUCAGGCACACCUUCUUCACCUACAUGAAAGUAAAAAUUGACAGGAUUGUGCCAUGGCUGAUGUUGGGGUCAGUGCUUUUAUCCUUGGUCUUCAGUUUCCUUGCCUACGACAUCAGUGAGAAAGAACUCAAUAACUGCUUCAAUUCCACCACACAAGUUUCAUGGAAAUUGAGUGUAAGAAUGGACGAAAAACUUUUGGCUAUGUUUGUCACUUUUGGCUUCGUAUUUUCCGCUGCUUUCAUGGUAGUAAUUUUUUCUGCCCUUCUCCUCCUCUUUUCUCUCUGGCGACACAAAAGCAACAUGCAGACAAAUUCUGCGAAGAACCUCAGUGUGGAUGUUCACAUUAAAGCCAUGAAAUCUAUUCUCUUCUUCCUCUUCAUUUACAGCAUUGACUUUACAUGUUUCGUCUUGAAUAUGAUUAAUGUCACCAAGGAACAUGAUCCUCUGACAUUUAUUAUUUUAGUCUUUCAGUAUAUUUUUCCAACUGUUCAUUCCCUUAUUCUGGUUUUGAGCAAUCCCAAACUGGAAAAGACACUGCUAAAGACUCUGUCCUGUGUGAAGUGCAAGGUGUGCAUGGAGCAUGGAGCCCAUUAA